CACUUAAGAACUGUCUCACUUAGGAACAGAAAUUUUGGGCUCAGUUGUGGUCGUAAGUCUACUACCUUGCACUUUUUAUUCGUUGUGUAUGUGUGUUGUUGAAGCAGUUUUUAAAAAGACAAAAGUUGUGCUUAAUUGAAAUUAUGUAGUUUCACAUGGGAGUCAGGUGACCUAUGCCACCAUACUUUUUGAAAGCUGACUUUUGAAUGCCGUAGAAAGCCUGUAUGGAAUGGAUGAUGUCAGUAGAGAAGAGGUUAACUGGAACAAGAACGACUGACAACAUAUCUGUCUCAAGUCCUUAAAUUCUUUUCAAUAUGGCUGGAAGCAUCACUGAUACAGGGGAGCUCUACUCUCCUUAUGUUGGCUUGAUUUAUAUGUUCAACCUCAUAGUUGGCACAGGAGCUCUAACUAUGCCAAAGGCUUUUGCUGCUGCUGGUUGGCUUGUCAGCCUUAUUCUAAUAAUGUUCUUGGGAUUUAUGAGCUACAUGACAACAACUUUUGUAAUGGAAGCCAUGGCUGCAGCUAAUGCUCAGCUACACUUAAAGAGAAUGGAAAAGCACAAGGAAGAUGACAAUGAUGAAGAAGAUUCUUCAUCUGAAGUUUCUGAUAGUGAAGUUCUCCCAGAUGUCUAUGAACGAUCAGAAACACGGCCUAUUCUAUCUGUGCAGAGACGAGGAACACCUAAUAUUUUUGAAAUCACCGAAAGGGUAGAAAUGGGUCAGAUGGCCUCCAUGUUCUUCAAUAAAGUGGGAGUGAAUUUGUUUUACUUCUGUAUAAUCAUCUAUUUAUAUGGUGAUCUGGCAAUCUAUGCAGCUGCUGUCCCAGUUUCUCUCAUGCAAGUGACUUGUACUGUGACUGGCAAUCAUUCAUGCAGUGUGGAAGAUGGGACAAAGUAUAAUGACACAGACAAAUGCUGGGGGCCAAUCAGGAGGAUUGAUGCUUACAGGAUUUAUCUGGCAGCAUUUACUCUUCUUUUGGGCCCUUUCACCUUUUUUAAUGUGCAGAAAACUAAAUAUCUUCAGAUCGUGACAUCGCUAAUGAGGUGGUUAGCAUUCAUCAUCAUGAUCAUUGUGGCCCUCCUACGCAUCGCCAAAGGUCAAGGGGAAGGUCACCCCCCUCUGGCUCAGCUCUCAGGAGUACGGAAUCUCUUUGGAGUCUGCGUUUAUUCCUUCAUGUGUCAGCACUCCCUGCCAUCCCUCAUCACUCCCAUCUCUAAGAAGAAGCAUGUUAACAAGCUAGUCCUGCUGGAUUACGUCUUGAUCCUGGGUUUCUACAGCCUUCUGUCUUUCACUGCUAUCUAUUGUUUCCGCAAUGGGACUCUAAUGGACAUGUACACACUCAACUUCACAAACUGUGACAUUGUCAGCAUUGCGUUUAUCCGCUACUUCCUGGGACUCUUCCCUGUCUUCACCAUCAGUACAAACUUUCCUAUAAUUGCUGUGACUCUAAGAAAUAAUUGGAAAACUCUCUUCCACCGGGAAGGGGGAACCUACCCAUGGGUCGUGGACAGGAUUUUUUUCCCAGUCAUCACACUAAUUCCUCCAAUUAUUGUGGCUUUCUGUACUCAUGAUCUGGAAUCCUUGGUAGGAAUCACUGGCGCCUAUGCUGGAAAUGGGAUCCAGUACAUCAUUCCUGCUUUUUUAGCAUACUAUAGUCGGAAAGAAACACAAAUGACCUUUAGAAAUAGCGCACUCAAUAAACAUUUGUCCCCUUUCCGGCACACCUUCUGGAUUGGGUUUGUGCUGCUCUGGGGACUUUUUUGUUUUUUGUUUGUGACUGCAAAUAUCAUUUUGAGUGAAACAAAAAACUGAUGGAGCAAUGCACCUAAUAAGGAUAUUUUUAAGCUAAUUUAAGAUUAAACUACUUUUAAACUACUAAUACAAUAUUGAGCUUGAUGCUCAUUUGAGGCACCUUGCUACUUGUUCAGCUACCUUUCAGAUUCUGAUUUUCCAUUUCAUGCACAAAUUGGACUCUAUCCUACAUCAGGCUGCUAUGACUUUUUAAGCAGGGUAUUUUCUUCUCUAUCAGAAGAUGUCAGAGACUGUUGGAUAUGCAUCUAAUCCCUCACAUGAUGGAAAAGACCAGUUUUACUAAAAGUUUUACUUUAGUAGUCAAGCCAAUAGCCAAUGACUCAAGCAAGAUCUGACUUACUAAGAUCUGCUUCCGUAAUCAUUCAUAUUUCUUUGAAGUGGCUUUCUAUCCUGCCAAUGCAUUGAAUAUUAGGAGCAAAAUGAAAGCAACUGAUGGAACUUGGUUUCAUAACUUAAUAUUGCAUGAUGUAUGUGGCAACCUAAGCACUCUGGAAUGGGUAGAGGAGCCCCACUACUUCCCCUUCUCCCCUAGUCCUGCUUUGAUUGUUUUCCCCAUUUGUUUUUCAGCCUUUCCAACGCCUUUCCAUAUUGCCUUGUUUCAUAUAAUGCAGUCCUGAGACUGAAACUUGCCAAGCUUUAAGCUUUGUUGCUAUUUUAUCUCUGAUAUUUCCCUCCUCAAUUGUUUAUAUACAAUAUGGGUCUGAGCAGGAAGUCCUAUCAUGAAUUAUAUACACUUGGUUGUUACAAAGCCAUCUCUUAAUACUCUUAAUAAGUAAUAAGGAAUGUUUCCCAGUAUAAUGCUUUGUUUUUUUCUUUAUACUGCUAACGGAAUCAUGCUAGUGUCACAGCAGUAGGGCAGGCCCUGUGCUUUCUGUAUGGAUGUGAAAAUGUUGAUUACUUACUGAAGGACUACUUUGAUAAAAGUGGAGAGCAGCUGAUAAUUGUCUUAAUGCAGUAUGUUAUGACUAAAUCUAUUUAAAGAAUUGUCUAAAUUUAGGGGUGGGGAGGGACUAUAGAAAGUGGAAAGAGACUUGUUCUGGCAGCCAUUCCAUCUUCUAUCAGAAUAUUGCAAACGAUGCCUCCUGAUUCUUGCUAACUCAUGAACUCCAGUCCAGUCUCAUUUCUCUCUCUCCUUAAACUGAUGAUCACAUCAUAAAAUGUAAAGGUUGAAGGAGACUUUAGAGAGUGUUGAGUCCAAUGCCAUCCCAGGGCAUGAUUCCACACUGUGUAAACACCUCUUGUGAAGUCAGUCAUCAUCUGAAGGAAUCUGUUCCAUUGUUGAGCAGCUCCUACUAUAAGGAAUUUCAGACAACCCAUUACUAAUUCCUUCCAUUGUUUGCCAUUCUAUCUUCUGAAAUAACUUUGAACAAUGCUGUACCCUACCUAGCAUCACUUCCUGUGAGAUGGACGGCCAUAUAAAUUUGUUUAAUGAAUAAAUAAAUAGAAACAAUUCCCCUUCUACAUGACAGUCAUUCAGCUACUUAAAGACAACUCCCUGCAGUCUUCUCUUCUCCAGGUUAUCUAUCUACUCAACUUUUUCCUUCCAGGUUCCUUAUCAUCUUAGUUGCUGUUUUUGGAGGCAGAGCUGUGUGAACCAAACUAAAUAAGUAAAUAUCAGUUUGUCAAAGUCAACACUAAAAUGCAAUGCCCAGAACUGGAUGCAGUAUUCUAGGCAUAGUGUUAUUCUCUUUUUCUCUUGAAUCAGGCUAUUAUAUGACAACUAAGCCUUCUGAAAAAAAAAUGAGGUGGGGAAGUUUGAAAGAGAACUCCCAAUAUCCAUCACAUAUUACAGUAUUUGGAUCUUAAAUCCAAUAUCUACAUCCAACUGGAUACAUGAUGGACAAAAUACUGUAUUUCAGUUUCUUCUAGUUGGGACCAUAAGGCUUUGCUAAGAAGGAAUAUUUCUUCAACUGCUGUUGAUACAAAGUCACAAGAGGAGUUUGGGUCACUACUCACAAAGUUAUCCGUAUAAGGAAAGUAUUAUUUUUUCUUUCCUUUGGCUAUAAAUGUGUUGAAAGUGCUUUUUCUGUUAUUAAAUUCCAUCUUCCAAACAGGUGGAUGAUGCUGCUCUUCUCCAGGCUGGUUGUACCCGUGAUAUUAAAUUUGAUGUUCACCAAGGUUAGUUGAUAAAUUCGGUGGUGUUAGGAUUUUUUUUUUUAAAGAAUUAUUAAGUAGAAUGAUUUUUUUAAAAGCCCAAAUUGCUUUUGUUACAGAGAUUGGCAGUGGCUGUGCUUAAAAAAAAAUAUAGACAGUAUCUUUUCUUCAGUGAAACUCAGCUGUCUCCAAAAGAAGACUGUGUCUUUGCUAGAUUGCAUAAGGUUAGGCUUGGCAGCUAGGGACGUUUGCUGCAGGCACAUCAAGACCUGAUGACAGCACCCUCUCGAUGUCAGGCUGUUCUUGGCAGCCCUUAUGGUGCAUCAGAGAAUCACGUACACAACCUGCAAAACUUGCAAAUGGAUAAGGCUGGUUUUCGGACAUCAGAUUGCGGGGAGCUCUUAACGACUGAACCCAUAAGAGUCAGAUUUCCAUCCCGGUUCAGGGAGAAUGAAAAUAGUUUUGUUUAAAAAACAUAUCCACCCCCCCGUUGAAAUAGGAAAUCUCCUAACCCAACAAGUACAUAGAUUUAGCGUUGUUCAUUUCUGUCAUUCUUGCCUGCAAUUGCCGUAAACCUUCCUAAGCAGCAGAAGAGAGAUCACAGAGAGUCAUGUCAAGAGCUGUCAGGUGCUGCUCCAAUCUAUCCUCGGAAUAAUAAAAUACUAGCAAAGAUAGGACGACUGCUAGUAUUUUAGUAACAAAAUCUCCUUUGCCUUAGGAAUCACCUAUACAUGAUGAGAGUGCACAUUUUGGCUAUUACUGCUUAAUCUUCAGGCCUUGAAUGAUCUGAAAGAUAAAAAAAUACCCUAUUUCACCUAAAAGAAUUUUCCAUAUGUUUUAUUUCUUUUUUCUUCUGGAGAGAGGGUUACUCAUUUCAUGCACGUACCCCUCUCGAAUCUUCACAAGGUUUUCUUCUCUUCCCCCUUUGUUUUGACCUUCAUCCUCGACACUCAGCUCAGAAGAAGCUUCUCUGAAGAUAAGGUUUGCCAUCGCUCGAUUCUAGAAGCAGGCAAGAAGGACUGGAUUUCAGCAAAAGCAGAGUUCCUGCCACUGUCUUCUGUUAAACAACCUCAUUUUUCCUUCUUGAAAAGAGGAAACCACAGGCUUCAAAUGCACUCAUUUUCUAUCAUUUACUUAAAUGCAUUGUUAGUGGUAAGUUCACAGCUACUGCCACUGGUAUGCUUUGCGGGAUUUCCCCUGGCAGCUCCUUCCCAGUUCCAUGUUGUAUUAAAUGUAUUUUCAACCAACAUUAGCUGCCCCAAAUGCUACUUUGAAGGUUGUAAAACACAACAUGGUAGUAAUUGUUUCCUGAUUUCAGAACAACUCUCUAGAUCAGGUGUAUCCAACCUGGGUAACUUUAAAAUCUUUGGAUGUCAACUCCCAGAAUUCCCCAGCCACCCCUGCUCUAGAGAAACAUGGCUUGCUUUCUGCAUGAAUGGGACCCAGAUUUUUCCAUGGGCCUAAUAAUAGUGCCCUCCAUUAGUCUCCCAGUUUGGAGGGUUCCUUCGUAGGGCUGGAGUGACUGUCCAAAUGCCAUCAAUAAGCAAGUGGCAGUGCGAUCCAAUUCCCGUAAUAAUUGUAACUUAUAUUUUAAAAGUUUCAGAAGAAGAGCUAGAAAUGUGAAAUAGGAUUAUUUCUGUUCUUGCGUAUUCUUCAUUGAUCCCAUAAUCAAGGACUGCAGGGAACAGGAUAGGGAAAUCCAGAACAUACCUUGAGUGAGUAUGAGCAGCUGAGAUCUUCUCCACUUGUUUUAACAUGGGAGAUAUUUUUAAUUGAUUAUUCUAAUGCAAAAGUUCUCCCUUAUGGCUCUUUGCUGCUCUGUGUCCUUGAUUUGUCCCUAGGGGUAAUUAUUUUUCCAAAACAUUAUGCAUCUGUGGUGUCUGGCCUUUUCCUCCAGGGGUUAGGGGAAAUCUAGAAUUGGUUUCUAUAGCCAGAAGCAAAGAAGGGCAGCCUCAUGGCAGCAGCUCACAGAGAUGUUUGUGUGCGUGUGUGUGUGUGUGUGUGCGCGCGCCUUCUCAUUCUGUAUUAGCCUCCUGCUUCCAGCAGCAGUAGGUACUCUCUGAAAACUCAAUUAAAACAACUGUACCUCACCCAUCUCAAUUACAUUUUCUCGAACUGAAAAACGGAGCAAAUCAAAUCAUUCCACAGUCUUGGGCAACAAAUGAAGUGUUGUUGGUUUUCUUCCUGGUAAAUUUAUUAUAAUCAUAAACCACAGCUUGAUUUAUGUUGAAAUAUUAAAAGGCAUCUUUAUGAUGGAAAUAAACAGUUUCUACUUU